UGUGAGUAUUUUGUGAUGAUAUUGUGAAUUUACAAAUAAAAAUGGCAACAAUUAAAAUCCCCGAGCAAAAAGUAAUACUUUGCGGAGAAUAUGGCGUGGGAAAAAGUUCGCUAUUUCGAAGAUUUACAAAUAACACAUUCGUUACAGCUACAGAUCGACAAUCCACCUUAGGGCUAGAUCAUUUCGAUAAAACCUACAACGUCGGUGACAAAAGCUUAAAACUUCAGUUAUGGGAUACUGGAGGCAUGGAGAGAAUUGCGUCUAUUACGUCGAGUUACUAUAAGUUCGCGGAAGCAGCGAUUAUAGUGUUCUCCCUAGACAAUUCGGCAUCUUUUCAUAGUUUGUCACAACAUUUAUUAGAUGUGGUGACAUAUGCAGAAAGUGCCAAAAUAUUUCUUUGCGGAAAUAAGUCCGAUUUGGAAGGGGAGAAACCGCAAGUGACUGAUGCCGAUAUUGAAACAUUUUGGUACAAAGUCAACUUUUAUUGUUCAUAG